AUGGUGAAGCCGGAUCCCGACGCAAGGCCAGAGGCUUUAGCACCCGUGCGACAACGAAAAUGGCAUUCCCGAGUCUUCACGGGUUGCAUCAACUGUCGCCGGAGGCAUGUCAAAUGCGAUGAAGGCGCACCUUCUUGCUCAAACUGCACUCGUCUAAACCUCCCUUGCAACUUCGACCGCAAAUUUGUCUUCAAGGCCGUCAGACACGCCGGGCCCCCGGGACCGAAGGCUGACAAGAGAGCCAAGGUCGCAGCUGCGUCCUCAGAACCACGAGCAUCCAGCAGAUUCGACUCAGCGUCAAGUGGUGAAGAUGGUUCGGAUGAGACCAGCACUCAGGAAUCAUCUUCUAUUGAUGGUGUCGCGAUGACGAGUACAAUGUCCCCUGCAGGGUCAAAAACUCCACCAUCAAGCCUAUCGUUCAUAUCAGAAGACUUCGCCUGUAAUUACAAACAUGCCAGAUUCCCUGUCAAAGGUCAAUACAUGGCGUCGCCCGUCUACUGGUGUGAGGCCACUGACGUGCCACGGCAAAUUGGUUUCAACGACAACUUCUAUUUGCGCCAUUUUCUGGAAACCGUCUCAUCCUAUCUCAUCAUCUAUGACACCCCUGCAAACUCAAAUCCGUACCGACAGCUCCCGGGUCUGAUGAGCAACUCUGGUUUGCUUCGAGAUGUCAUGAAGGCCUUUGGUGCCAUGCAUAUCGCCGGGUUACCGGAAACUCGAAAUCGUCAAGUUCAUCACAGUGCAGCGAUGAAAGCGUAUGGCAAUGUUGUCACACAGCUUCGCGAUACUGUGGCGUUUAACCAAGGCCACCCUACGUUGGAGCUUUUAGCAACCACCCUACUUCUAUGCAUGUUCGAAAAGAUAUCAUCCAACGAUGCGUCUUGGAGGAUUCAUCUCGCCGGAGCUGCGCAGAUAUUCCAAUCCCUGUAUAGUCCACGAGUUGGCCCUCCGUCAAGUCCUACCGCAAAAAGCAGUGGUAUGGAGUUGUCUAGCGUGUCGCACACUCUUCCACUACGGCGUUUUCUGGUUUCUCUAAUGGCGUAUCUAGAUGUUGCUGCAUCUUUGGCAACUGGUGACGGGCCAUUCAUACAGGGUGACUAUUGGGAAACUUUCGGGGGCGGAUGGGAAUAUAAUAUGGGGGUCCCUAGUUUCGCCACGGUUCGGUCACCAACCGACCGCACGAUGGCUCAAAUACGUCAAUCAUGGUCACGAAUCAUGUCUAUCCAGACAGAUAUAAGCAAGUUCGUCAAGAUGGAUAGGGGAGGAUUGGCACAGCACCAGAAAGAUAUGUACUACAAUGACUUGUCUUACAGGCUGCGGAACUGGCAAGAGUCAGCACCUGACAUUUAUCUACGAUUGCACCAGCUAGAUUCCAUGCCAGCGGAUGCUACACCCGAGGAAUUUGAGACCCUGACUGCCGCUUCAUGCAUUCAGAUAUACUCUUUGUCCUGUGCCGUUCAUUUGGAGACGGUUAAAGCACGCAGAAUCGGGAACGCUGCAACUGACCCGACAGUUGCAGCAGCAGUGUCUCGCAUUUUAACUCUAAUUCUCGGCUUUCAGUCCGGCAUCAACCAGCUGGCUGUGCUGUGGCCACUUUUAACGACUGGGAUUGCCACAGUUGAUCCUGGGCAGCAACAGAGUAUAAGAGAGCGGUUGGCAGCUAUGAGGGGUUUUGGUUUCAAGGUUGGUGCCUCUUCAUCUCCUGUCUCACCAAUUCCCUCAACUAACGGUGUUGUGUCGGUCUAG